CCUCGCCCUCCUCCCUCCCUCCCCGUCGAUUCUUUCACAACACCACCAGGCACCAGCGGACCAGCAGCAAGCAAUCGCGCUUAAUCACUCGCCCCCGUUACAAAUCCGAGAUAUUCCCAAAUAUCUUCUCUUGCCCUCCCCCACCGCCUCCGCCUCGGAUUCCAUCGCCGCCCUUUUCCUUCCUUCUCCCCUUGCCCGCCCGCCCGCCCGUCCAGGACUGUCCUUGGCGUUUCUUACGCAGCUCGUCCUUCGCGCUUCUUUGCCGGCCGUUAGAGAGAAAGAGAGAGAGUGAGACAGGAUCACUCGGUAGUCGGGAUCGCGCGGCGCCACCGUACCCCGCCCGGGACAUGUGCGUGGAGGGGCUAGACGACGCAGCAGGGACGCUCGCCUUCGGAGACCACGAGAACGACAGGCGCGACGGUGCCGCGAUGGAGAGGGUUUGUGAGAACAACUUCGUCCCGUUCAUCCGGUCAGGGGAGUGGUCUGAUAUUGGAGGUCGCGAUUACAUGGAAGAUGCCCAUGUGUGCAUCUCUGAUCUGGCGAAGAAUUUUGGUUCUAACUCAGUGGAUGAUGAAGUCAUCUCCUUCUACGGGGUGUUCGAUGGCCAUAACGGCAAAGACGCAGCCCAUUAUGUCCGUGAUAACUUGCCACGGGUCAUUGUAGAAGAUGCUGAUUUUCCUCUUGAGCUUGAAAAGGUAGUGAAGAGGUCAUUUGUGCAGACUGAUAGUAAGUUUGCAGAGAAAUUCUCUCAUCACAAGGGACUCUGUUCUGGAACGACGGCACUUACAGCAAUGAUUUUUGGAAGGUCCCUUCUGGUGGCCAAUGCCGGUGACUGCAGAGCGGUGCUAUCGCGGCGUGGCACCGCCAUUGAAAUGUCCAAGGACCACAGGCCCUGCUGCAUGAACGAGAGAAAGCGCGUGGAGUCACUGGGUGGCUACGUGGACGACGGCUACCUAAACGGCCAGCUGGCCGUCACCAGAGCGCUGGGCGACUGGCACCUGGAGGUCAUGAAAGGGACGGGCCGGGCAGGAGGGGGAGGGGCAGGGGGAGGGCCCCUGAGCGCGGAGCCGGAGCUGAAGAUGGUCACGCUGAGCAAGGACGACGAGUUCCUGAUCAUCGGCAGCGACGGCGUGUGGGACUCCUUCUCGAGCCAGAACGCCGUGUGACUUGGCGCGGCGGCGCCUCCAGGACCACAACGACCCGCGGCUGUGCUGCAGGGAGGUCGUGGACGAGGCGCUGCGGCGGGGCGCCAGGGACAACCUGACGGCGGUGCUGGUCGCGUUCCACCGGGACGCGCCUCCCAGGGCCCAGGGGGGCCGAGCGAGCAGGAGUACGGGCAGCAGGGUCGCGCCGAGCAUAUCGGCCGAGGGGCUUCACAGCCUCCGAGUGCUCCUGGACGAAGGCCAGUGAGGCAGUGAGUGACUGCGCGGCGCCAUUGCCACGUUGCUGAGUGAGUGCUGACUGUAAAGUAGCGGAUUUGGACACAGUGAGGCCCGUGGGGCUGCGCGGCGCCAGUGAGGCCCGUGGAAACCACCAGCAGCCAGGUCAGCAGCAUCCAGUGCUCAAAAGAAUUUGGACACAGUGAACCUGGAUGGACCCAUCCAUGCAAGCCAAGCGAACGGACAAGAUCUGGUCGGUUGAUUUCACGUCGUACCAUCCGAUCUGCCAUAAGGACAUGUACAGUGGUGUUUAAUGUAGAGUCUCUUAAGGUGUUUAAGAGGGUUAUUUGCAAAAAAAA